GGACGGCGUCGCGUGGCCAGGCGUAGGCGUGGGCGUGGGCGUGGGCGCGGGCGGAGGUCGAAUCCCUGGCGGGCGCCCAGCGAUUGGGCGUCGCUACUGCUCGCCGCGCGGAAUGGAGGGGACGGCCGUGGCUGUCUGCGAGAUACUGAAAUAUUUAAUUAUUCACUGGAAGUGUGAAACAGCAAGAAUACCAAAGGGAGCAUUGCUAGAAGGAGAGCUAGUGAUUUCCAUAGAAGCAUUAAAUUCUAAGCACCAGGCAAAUACCCUUCAUUGUGUAACAACUAUUGCUUCUGCAGGAAGCAUUUUUGGCGGUUUGGUCCUCAAGAAGAUCCUAAAAGAAAUACAGUCUAUACUGCCUGGACUCUCUGCAGAGCUGAGCUGGACUUCAGAGGAAACCAGCUAUUCUCAGGACGUGUCAGGGGUAACACCCUUCCAGAUGAUUUUUGAGGUUCAUGAAAAGCCCAGAACUUUGAUGACAGAUAGCCUGGUUAUAAAGAAUUUUUUACGCAAAGUCAUCACUGUGCUCCCCAAGAUUAGAUUUAAUUUUAGUGUAAAGGUGAAUGGAAUCCUCUCCAUGGAGAUCUUUGGGGCAGAGAAUGAACCUACUUUGAACCUGUCAAAUGGAAUUGCGCUUGUCAUAAACCAUCAGCAUUAUGUGAGUACACCAAAAUUUGGUGCAACUGAAUUACUCUGCAGCAGAAUCCAUCCCGUGCUAGGACAUCCAGUCAUGCUCUUCAUCCCUGAUGACGUGGCUAAAAUGGGCUUGUUGGGGGAGCUGAUACUGACUCCAGCUGCUGCUCUCUGUCCUUGCCCAAAGGUCUUUUCCAACCAGCUGAAUAGGAUUUCUUCAGUAUACAUAUUUCUAUAUGGACCUUCAGGUCUGCCUCUGAUAUUGCUAAAUCCAGAGCAGCCAACUUCUACUAUCUUCAAAGAUACCUCUUAUUUCAUUAACUGGAAGAAACACCACUUGUGUAUGGUGCCCAAUUUGGAUUUCAAUUUAGAUAGAGAUUUGGUGCUUCCAGAUGUGAGUUAUCAGGUGGAAUCCAGUGAGGGGGAUCAGACUCAGAAUAUGGACCCCCAGGGACAAACUCUGCUGCUUUUUCUCUUUGUGGACUUCCACAGCGGAUUUCCAGUCCAGAAAAUGGAACUCUGGGGAGUCCACACUUUGCUCACAACUCAUCUCAGUGCCAUUCUCACGGAGAGCCACAGUGUGGUGCAAGAUUCCAUCCAGGUCGCUGUGGACCAGGCCUUGGAGCAGCAUCACCAUGCUGUCAAGGCUCAUCAGAAACUACAGGCCUCACUCUCAGUGGCUGUGAAUUCCAUCAUGAGUAUCAUGACUGGAAGCACCAGCAGCAGCUUCCGAAAGACAUGCCUCCAGACGCUUCAAGCAGCUGACACACAGGAAUUUGGGACCAAGCUGCAUAAAUCAUUUCAUGAGAUCACCCAGAACCGAUUUCUUCACCACUGCUCACGUGAGGUGAAGCAGGCGGCAGAAGGGGGUUCUUCCUUAACAACAGGUGUGUGCUCUUCUCAAGAGUUCGGAUCUCCUUCAGAACCCAAUGUCUCCGGCGAGCAAGUCGACGGGAGGAAGUGCCUAAGUAUGGGCCCGGCCGGGUGGCGGCAGGAGCCGGGCUCACGGUGUGCCUCCUUGGGGCUUCGGACUUGCGGAUCCAUCGGCGUGGGCCUAUGGCUGGCGCUCAGGGUUGCGGACCCGCGGCUCCUUCUCGGCCUUCCGGGUCCAGAGGCAGAGGCUGGUGUCCAGCAGCUGCUCCCAGAGAAAAAUAAUGCAGAGCAGAGCACAGAGGAUGCACAUGAGAACAGCAGCCUGGAGCUCCUUGCAGGGACCAGCGGGCAAGUAGAAAACAAGAGUCUCAAAAGAGGCAGCCUCUGCCAAGGAGUGGAGGAGACGCGGGCUUUCCGCUCCCCUCGGGCCCUGAACCCGUCAGAGGCCGCCUUGGGCUGCGCGGAACCCACCGCGGCUCCCCUGACCCCUAGCAGAAACAGGACGGGACCCAGGAGCGGCCUGGAGGACGCGCUGUGGCUGCAGGAAAUCUCCAAUCUGUCCGAGUGGCUAAGUCCCGGCUCUGCGUCCUGAACCGGACCCCCUCCCGCCGCCUCCACGUCUGCCCCGCCGCUGCCGGGGCCGCAUGUUGUCUGUAGUUCAAUAAACCUACUCUGCGCGCGCA